AUGGGAUGUAGAAAUUCAAAAAUAUCUUCAGCAAAUACUACUGUUUUAGGGGUUGUCCAGAUUAUGAUUGGUAUCUAUCAUGUACUCAUGUGGUAUUUCCUAUUACUGUUGUAUAUGGGACAAAUUAAAGGAGUAUUUGGAACGUAUGAACCUUUAACUUACAAAAUGGGAACUUCUUUAUGGGGACUUGCUUUUGUCAUUUCAGGAGCCUUCACAGUAAAAGCAGCAAAACAUCAGAGUAAACAUAUGCUUCUCUGCACUAUGGCCCUAAACAUACUCUGCAUAAUUAUUACGAUCAUCGCAGCCAGCCUGACAAUAGUGGAAUUGGCUCACUUCCGUUCUGUGUCGUAUAGAAAUUACGGACAAGCCAAGCUGGGAAGGGAAGUGUCCCGUGUUUUGUUGUGCUCCUACCCCCUGGAAUUCGCAAUUGCCCUCACAUACUCCAUCUCUAGUUGUGCAUAUUUGCCCUUAAAUUCAAUUGUGAAGCAAUUGGUGAAGAAAACUUGGAGGACCUCAAACAGUAGCCUUGCUGCAUGGAGAAAGAUCAUUUGGCUGCUUUUUCCUUUCCAGGCAGAAAAGCGAGAGGAAAGCUUAGAGAAUAUUUCUGAAGUAGUGGAAGGCAACUCCUGA